CUCUGUCCGCGGCAGUCUUGGCGUCGCCCCCUCGGCAAGCAACCGCUUACUGCCACCAUGGCCUGAUCGUAAACAAACAAGUUCACAUGUAAACAUCAGUGUAAACAAGCUAUGUGGGUAGAUGUGAGCAGCCGAGAAAAACACAGCUACAUGACACAGACCAAUGGAUCGUUUAUACCCGGGUACACGGGCCACUGUCCUAUGCUGAAGUUUCGUUUCGGAAAAUGUUACGGUGAUAACACGAGACAAAUCCUCAGGGAAAUCCGAUCCAAAGGACUGUUUAACAAACCACUGGAAUACCGCAAAGGGGACAACUACGAAUUAGAAAACAUGCCGCGGUAUGAGAAACCUCAAAGAGACGUAUACGACGGAUUGUACAAUAGACAGCCGGCCUAUAUGACUGGGUACACAGGAUAUGUCCCGGGCAUGAACUUCAGAUAUGGAAAAUCAUACGGUCGAGCGGCUGACGACUGCAUGACGGACUUCACAGAACGACAACGUGACCUGAGACGUAAAGCGGAUUACAACAAAACCUACUCGAGAUCCAAGAGCGCGCCAAAGAUGGAGACGAUCCACUCGCGAGACGAAAUACGACGCGAUCUCACUCGAUUUAGAGAAAUAAAUAAGUACAAAGAAAAUACAAUAUCACCUGAAUUUCCACCGAUAGCCGGAUACACCGGUCAUAUCCCACGAAUCAAAGGAUCCGAAGCAUCCCUUAGUCAACGAUAUCACUGCGCAGCCAAACGUGGUUUAGAAUUAAUCAAAAUGGAGAAGGAGAAACGGAAGGAAUUGCAGAAUGCGGACGCUAACAUAAGAUCUAUUCUUAAAACACCAGAGAGGAAAUACUCUUACUUCAACUGGGGAUAGCAUACGGGUAGAAGGAUGUUCUUUACCAAGCGCAGAUGAGCAUUCUUCUAUAAAUAUAUAUAUAAACUCAACUCCGUGUGGUUCCCUGCACCAAUAAAAAAAAGAAUAGGACCACUCCAUCUCGUUCCCAUGGAUGUCGUAAAAGACGACUAAGGGAUAGACUUAUAAACUUGGGAUUCUUCUUUUAGGCGAUGGGCUAGCAACCCGUCACUAUUUGAAUCUCAAUUCUGUUAUUAAGCCAAAUAGCUGAACGUGGCCUAUCAGUCUUUUCAAGACUGUUGGCUCUGUCUACCCCGUAAGGGAUACAGACGUGAUCAUAUGUAUGUAUGUAUGUAUAAACUCAACGAAGACGGUUAGUAGUACCAUAAUAACAUACUACCAAUAUUAAUGCGUCACAUUUAUUCCUAAAGAGUUAGACAGGUCUUCGAAAGCCAAGUUCAUCUGAAUGGCCUAAUAAUGCAAUUAAGAUUCAGACAGUGACAGGAUACUAACCCAUCACUUUAAAGAAAAUAACAAGUUCAUGAUGUACUAUUUCAAGUUAAUUAUGGUACUAUACUGUAGUAUCAUUUGUACCAUUGAUGAUUCUAGUGAAUGGUACAACCAUAAUUCUGAAUAAUAUAAGUAAUAAUAGGUUCAUAUUAUUCCGAAAUCCAUGGGUACGACUGAACAAGGAAAUCUAACAGUAUUUUGUCGUAUGUCAAUAUUGCAUAUAAGGAAGUGAUAAAUGCAAUAAUUUUGAUCAGUUUGUUGAUGAUAAAAAGUGAAAUACAAAACAGAUGUAGUAAUUAAAUGUUAAUAUCUUCAUACUGUUUUUGAAUGUUCUUAACACAGCUUAAACAGCAUUCAAAGAGUAUUAAAACUAUACUUCUAAUUUGUCAAUGCUAUUGCUGUUAAAAUGAAAAUUUAUCUAACAUGGAACCUUAUGCAACCUGAAAAACUGUACGUUAAUAAAAACAUUUUAUUGCACCAAAAAGAAAAACACUUGGAAAAAAACAGAAGAAAAUAAACACCAAGAAAAGGCAGCCUUAUCGUUAAUGCAAUCUUUUCCAGGCUGUGGUCUUGGGCAAAUAAAAACAAAAUUACUGACAAGCAACUAAUCAAGUUUCUGAUGGCAAAAAUUGCUUUGAAAGUUUUAGGUAAUUAAAGAAUCUGUCUUUUGAAUUUCUACUUGGCCUAUUUUGAAAGAUAUUCAUUAUAUUUUUUUGGUGUUGGUCUUCCAGGUUGCCUAUAGUUCCAUGGCUGUUAAUAUCAUCUGAGAUCAUUGAUUUCAAUAGUUCAAGAUCAAUAACAGAUAUAGUGAAUACAAUAUAUCAUUUGUUGUUGUUUAAAUUAUUAGCUUAGAAAUAAAAG